AUGAGUGCAAAUAUAAUAUUAGCAGGCACCGGGAAGAACACUGGGCUAUUGCGUAGGAUACAGGACAGGGUGAGAGAGGAUGACCCCAACUCAACUCUCAUUUUCUUGCACUGUAUCAUUUAUCAGGAGGCCUUGUCUAAGUCGGUGGUAAAGCUUGAUCACGUCACCAAAACUGUGGUGAAACUUGUCAAUUUCAUCAGGGCCCAGGCGCUUAACCACCGCCAGUUUAUCCAGUUGUUGGAGGAGAGUGAGGCAGAACACACUGAUGUCCCAUACCACUCAAACGUCCGCUGGCUGAGCCUGGGCACAGUACUACGCUGUGAGUGGGACCUAGAGGUCAGGGUGUUUCUGGAGAAUGUCGGGAAGGCUGGUGACUUUCCAGAACUUGAAGAUUCCGAUUGGAUGCUUGACUUUGCCUUUGCUGUGGAUUUAACGGGCUAUUUGAAUGACCUCAAUCGGAAGCUGCAGAGGAAGGAUGUGUUCAUGCACGAACAACCCUACAUGCGAGCAUUCAGAGCAAAGCUGAUCCUGUUUUCCAGACAGAUGACAAACAAGAGCUUUACACAUUUCCCAACUCUCGCCACAAUGAAGGAUGUGCCAUCCCGAUUCACUAUCAAAUACACCACUGCACUCGAGGAUCUGCACACUGAAUUCAACAGGCGUUUCUCUGAUUUCGGAAAGAUUGAAAAAGAGAUGGAGCUGGUGUCCGCCCCCUUUUCCUUUGACAGCGACCAAGCGUCUCCGGAGGACAUGCAGUGCGAUCCCACUCUCAAGGAGAAAUUCACCUUGUCAUCAUUAGGGCAAGUACCCUAA